GUUUUGCCUUCAAGGAUGCUACGCUUGGCUGUCACGUGAUUCGAUUCGUCGCACCGGUGUGAAUCGUGAUCUACACAGAUCGAUGCGGCAGCAGACAGCGUCCGUGCCGGCGGGAUCAUUUCGGGAGGGAGUCCAUUUCGCCCCUCCUCCCUCGCCCUCGCCGUCACCCAGCCCGUCGCCCUACGGUCCUCAGUCAGCUGGGAUGGGGUAUCAGCCUGGCUACGAUGCGGAGGUCGACGUGGCUGGCGGGGAGAAGAGACCCUUCACCUCAGGUACGACGCACGCACGACGGUCCGCCGGUCUGUCCAGAUGGACUGACGGGUGUGUCUGUGUCAUCACACGGGAGGGAAUGAGGAGGGAGAUCUCUACUGCCGCCUCUCUGCAUUUGCAUCUGUGUGCUGUGUGUGUUCUGUCGUGUGCUGGUUCAUAUCAAAGGGGAUGGUCGCUGGUUCUUGCCUCACUGUAGCGGUCAUGCGCUGGAGGGGCGCGUGAGUGCCGCGCCCAAGAAGAAAGAUCGACUCGUCCUCGAGUUCGCACUGCCGGGCGGUGGCGUCAAGAAGGUACACACACGCAGAGGCGCACACAAACACAAACACACACGGGCGCGCACUCAGUGAUCGAUCUUUUGUCUGUGUGUGUCCUCUUCUCUCCGUGUGUCGUGUCGGUGUGUGUGUGUCAGUUUUACCAGUGUAACUUUUGUCGCGACGAGAAGGGCAUUCAGGAGUGGGUCUUCCACAAGAACUACGUCCACCAGCACAUCCCCCGCCACCACAAGAACCACUGCCGCCUCUGCCAGUGGUGCGAGCAGCUCAUCUUCGAGGAGGUCUUCGACACUCACACCAAGACAUGCGAGAAAAGGGGCAAAGUCGUCAAGUCACAAACCGGCAGACGCAAGCGGGUCCAGGUUCACCCCCACUACCACCAGCAGCAGCAGCACAUGGACAACACACCAAUGUCCAUGCUCACCACAGCCGGCCCGCAGUCGCCCCAGGGGUCACAAUACAGUGGAGUCGGCUCGCCCACGCCCUACCAGCAGCAGCAGCAGUCCUACUCGCCCCAGCCCAACUAUGAGAGCGCUGUGCAGCACCGCCAGUUUAUCGCGCAGCAGGCACUUGGCAGCCACGACAGCCCGGCGCCCUUCGUCUUUGGCGAGGCGUUGGCCUUGCCGCCCUCCCUCAAUAUGAGCGGCGACACAGCCCCCGACAGCCAGCAGACACAGACAGCCAACUUCGGCAGCCAACCGACGGCCCACUUCGGGCUGUAUCCCAAUGGCAAUGGCGGGGAUCAGCCGCUGUCGCCCCCGACCUCCCCCCUUCCCCCUCCCCCUCCCUACCCACGAGUCAGCAACCCCUACCACUACUCCAACAUCAACAUGCAGCAGCAGCAGCAGCAGGAGGCUGCCACCCCGCCCCCGUCGAUGAUAGCUGGCCCCGCCUAUGGUGUGCCAGCUGGGCAGGCGCAGCCCUCUCAUCCCCCCACACCGUCGCCCGAGCCGCCCUCGUUCAUGCAGCGUCUUGCCAGCCAGUUCUCGCGCAUGGUGCCGGGGCACACGCAGUCGAGCCCCGCCCGUCCCCCAUCUCUCGACCAGGCCGUCACCCCAGACCCAUCAGCAUCAGCUACAGCAGGCCAGCUGCAGCAGGAUAGAGUGACGGUCAAGCAGGAGUCCGGUGGGUCAGAUUACGGUCCCCAUGGAACGAUGUCUGUGGCCAUGCCCUUGCCCGUGUCGAUGUCCAUGCCCAUGGGCACCACCUUCGACACUGGCCUCCUCAAGUCACAGUCGGGGUCGUCACUGCAGCUGGGUUUUGAUAACGAGGCCGGCCUGCCCUCAAUCCCCGAGCACGACUACGGCGAGGGUAUCCAGAUGGACGGCACCGGGCCCGGCCUGACCCUCUCCCUCUCCCUACAGACCCCGCGCGACAACGACAUGGACGCCGACGCCCUCCCCGCCGCCCCGCACGAGAGCGACUACCUGGGUGGCGGGGUGGCUUCCUCAUCGGUCGACUACGGCUACAUGGGAGGAGGGGGUAUGGGCGAGGCUAUGGGUGGCCCCAACGCCCUGGCGCAGGAGCCGUGGCCAUGGGAGGGGCAGCUGGACACCGCCGACAUCGUCAAGCGGGAGGCGGCCGACAAGCGAGGGCUCACGACUUCGAUGCAGGACGUGCUGCCGGGCGCCAAGCGGCAGCGGGUGCAGAGCGUGGCCGAGGAAGAGGACAGCGUCAGUGGCAGCGUCGACUCGAGCACGGACAAGGGCCACCGCAGCAACAGAUACUCGGACAAGACAUACGAGACAGUGGAGAUCAGAAGCCCCUUCAGCCAGAACUCCGCUGCAGCCACAGCCACCCAGCGUGGCACGCCGCCUUUCGGCGGGCAGCCCGGGUCGAUGCUGGCGGUGCCGCCCACUCCAUAUGACCUGGGAGCGCCUGUGGGCAGCACCAGUGGUUCUGUGGCGAGCUUCCCUGCUGGUGCGGUUCUGCCGACCAACCAGGUGCAGCUGAGUGAGAGCCUGCUGCAGCAGAUCCGGGAGAGCGGCAAUGCCGUGGAGCUGCUGAAGGAACGGUUUGACAUCGACUCGGAGGUCGACCUGGACGCCCUGCUCAUGUACGCAAGAGAGCGAGUUCGCAAGAGAGAGACAAGGAACACAGACAGGCCGACUGUCCAUAUUUCUCUCCUUGUCUGGUCUGCCUGUAGGUAUCUGCUGAGCGAGUCGACGGCCGUCCCUCAGCCUCCCAACCGUGGGCUCGGUCCCGGCUCCGGCGUGGGCGACACGGCGUAUUGGCACCCGGUUGUGUCCCACCUCUCACAAGACGACUUCUCGCGGGGCAUGUGUAUCGGCAUGGACGCACGCGGCCUCGUCUCGUUCGACACCACCACAGCCGGGCAGACCAUCGGCCUGGUGCCCGAGAUCUCACGUGUGGCCGAGCAGCGUGACUGGUUCUGCUGCAAGAUAAGCACGUCAGCUGUCGACUCGACUGCUGUGGUGGGCAAGGAGGAGCCGACCAUCAAAAAGGAGAAGGAUGGCGGCGAGAAGGCCGGGCAGGAGGGCACCACCGGCAAGCAGCGGAUGCGGUCGCCCAUGGGUGCGGUCAAGGCGCUGGGGUCGUCGAUAUCGCGCUCAGGGUCAUCCCCCAAGGCGGCUUACGAGUCCAUCCCCACUCUGCGGCGGCAGAGCAACACCAACGAGUCCCUGCAGCGCAGCCUCUCCAUCCCACCCAACCACAGCCACGUCCUCGUCUGCCUCUAUGGCCGACAGCUGGCAAAGGUGGCCUACGGCGUGCAGCCGAGCCCCGGUGAUUUCCUGGUGCCCUCUGGCGACAACGACGGUCUCUGGCGCAUCCGUGACGCCGGCCCGGCCCUCAACCGGUCACUCACGUCCCCCGGACAAAUAAAGGAGGACACAAAGAAGGCCGCGGGAGACAGUGAUGAUGACCUCAAGGGCGGUGCUGCGGGCGCGUCGGCGUCGGCUGACGACCUCCUGGAGAAGAGCGUGCGCAAGGGCGGGCAGCUCAACGGCACCAUCAGCAGCGUGCGCGUGGUCUCGUCUCGAAUGACGGCCGACUCGUGUGUGGAGGUGGAGGUGGUCAUGAACCAGCCGCUCAUCCAGUCCCUGCUCUCAGAGAUCCUCGAGUACGUCAAGGCCACCAAGCCCAAGGACGGCGUCGACACCCUCACGAGCGAGGGCGUGCUAGGGAGCCCCACGUCCCUCGAGCGCCUCUACGCCUCCCUGGAGCGGCUUCACGCCGCCCUCCCUGCCAAGCUGUUCGUCCCCCCGCCGUACGACAAGCUGGUCGGCCGUUCGCGCGAGCUGCAGGCCAUAAGCGAGGUGUACCGGCGACAGGAGGCGGUGCACGGCGCCACGCCCCUACUUCGGGUGGUGCAGCUGUGCGGCCUCCCGGGGGUGGGCAAGACCUGUGUGGCGGUCGCCUACUGCCACCACUACCUACGCGCGAGCGAGCCGGCGACGGUUGUCUCGACGGAUGCGCCACGCCCACAGACGUCGGGCAGCGCCACGAGCACCAGUGCCAGCACGGCCACGGGGGGUGACCUGGUGCAGCUGGUCAAGCGUGACAUUCACGGCAGCGGCGGUGGCGGUGGCGGUAGUCAAGACUUCUCGGAGUACGACCUCAUCCUGUGGCUCAACGGGGAGUCGCGCGAGGAUCUGCGCAAGAGCUACCGCCGGCUUGCGCGUGACCUCAAUCUGUACCUGGAGAACCAGGACCUCACUGAGGAUCAGGUGGCCGCUGCCCUCAAGAUGGAACUCCUCAGGUGAGCCAGCCACACACAGAGGCAAACCAAACAGGAAGAGUGAGGUCACCCACUCCUGAAUGUGUGAGUCUGGUGUCUGUGAGUGUGUGCAGGUCGAGUCAGCGCGGCAUCCGGUGGCUGGUGGUGCUUGACGGUCUGGACGAGACGGCUCUCGCAGUGGAUGACAUCGUCCCCACCAACGCCCGCGGCCACGUCCUCAUCACCGCUCGUGUGCCACGACUGCAGUACGCCCAGCGAGGCCAGUGUCUCGAGAUCGAAUCUCUGACCCUCCAGGACGCCGCCAACAUACUCAUCCGGGCCAUCCAGCCGCCGCCCGCACUGGCCCUCACCACGGCUGAUACUAGCGAUCGUGACGAGAGCAGCCCUCCUACCACCCCACACCGCCGUCUGCCCAAGAGCGAGAUCGUGGCGGCUCGCAAGCUGGCGGAGGCGGUGGGGUGUCUGCCCAUCCAGCUUGCGCACAUUGAGGCCUUCUUCCGGGCUGGUGGGGAGCUGGGGCUGACCUACGACGAGUUCUACCAGCGGUGGUUUGUCGAGAACAACCCUGACCUACAGGUUCGCACAGAUGCGAUGCAGGAGGGGACGGGAGGAAAGACAGACCCAGAGGCCCAUCCCAUUCGUCAUGUGUGCGUGUGUGUGACAAACAGGAGGCUUUCAACACGUUUGUGGCCCGCACUCUGGACGAGGAGCCGGCGAGUGUUGCCAUGGUGGCGACGUACGAGUCGUUGUCGAAGCAGAGUCAGGCGGGUGGCCGCAUCGCCGAGAUGCUGGCGUACUGGGCGCCGUCGCCCGUCGGCUUCCCCAAGUGGGAGGAGCUGUUCAACGCCAUGGUGGGCGUCAGCCCCAGAGUCCACGACAACGGAUGGUCGCCAUUCCUGGUACGCACGCAGCGCAGCGCAGCGCAACGCAGAGGGAGGGAGGGAGGUGGAGAGGUCGACUACGAGUACACGAGUGUGUGUGUGUUGCAGGACGAUCCGAAUCCGAAUCGCGAGAAGUGGCUGCGUCGUUUCCAGAGAAUAUUCACCAUCAUACUGCUGCUACUCGCAUUCGUCUUCGGUAGGCGAGACAGAAAGGCAGACAGCGACGAGUGUGACACCAGGCCUGUAGGGACAUGGGUCGACCGCUGUGUGGUGUCGUCGUGGUGUGUGGCCUGUGCAGGUAUCCGUUCCGCGAUGUUGAGCUGGGAAUCGCUCAAGGAGUCCCUGCCGAAGCCAUGGCAGCAAUACCUCGUCGGUACGCCACCAUGAUAGCAACACACGCACGCACACACUUUUUCUUGUUCUGCUUUUUUCCUGACACUACAGCGGCUGUGUUGGGUCUGGUGAUUGUUGGCCUGAUGUUGCUGGGGGCAUACUACCUGUCGAGAAUGCCAUUCAGCUUCCUCAGGCGCCUGUGCCUCCGGAAUCAACCCAAAGUCAACCCAAAAGAGGUGAGGUGCAAAGGCACACCGACCGACCCGACUGACGCGCACAGCACAGCACAGCACAGCACACGGAUAGCUAACGGCAAUGUGUUGUGUGUGUUUACUGACUGAUGCUAUGCAGCGCAUCCUGUUUGUCGUCGAUGUGGGCUUCGAUGCACGCGGACGGCUGCCCACACAAUACUGCGAAUACGUAAGUGAGAGGGAUGCAGUCAAUGGCACAAGCACUACAGAGGCACAGUGAGUGACCUACACACGCUGUGUGUUGCUCUGAAUCAAUAUCAUCCAUCCAUCAGAUUGAGAGCGGUGCCGAUUGCAGCGGCUGCGGGCGCCACAUCGACCUGAAGCAGCCCCACGCCUCCAUCUUCAGCUGCGUCCAGUGCGACGGCUUCAUGCUCUGCCGCAAGUGCUACUACUCCGAGCGCUUCCGCAAGCACAAGAUCCCCACCCCCUGCCUCUCUAACGAGGCCUCCAACGUCGCCUCCCCAGGCAGUCCUCUCGGCUCGCAACUCACCGCGACAGACGAGUGUGAAACCACCGGCCAUUGUUGCGGCGGCUGGUGGAUCGCUCUGUACCACAGAGGGCCGAAGGAGCAGCUGGUCGGCGAGUCGGCGCCUCGUGAGGAGGAGGAGGAGGUGUUGUCUGUGUGGGGGAUCCUCAAGACGCAUGGCAUCCUCAAGCUGGACAUGGCCGACAAGACGGGUCGCGUGCACCCCUUCUUUCAGAAGGCGCUGCGGGACCAUUUGGCGCACGAGGCGGAGGUCACCCUCAGCUGGGAGGCCAAGCGCAAGAUCCGAACCAGCCUCUUCACCUCCAUGUGGAUACUUCAGCGGCUCAUGACACGAGACAACCGCUCCUCGAGACCUGCAGACCCAUCACAGGUCGGUCAGCAGCCUGAUACACACACACACACACACACACACAGAGGGAGAGAGGGAGAGAGAGAUGCGUACUUAGCUCUAUAUCUCCUUCCUUCUCACUGACAGCGUGAACACUUGGCUGCGAUGAAUCCGCACAUCGACCACGUGGCGCGUUACAUGGAGCGCUGCAAGCUGAUGCGCAAGGGCCUCUUCAGGCGGUACGUCAUCCAGAAGAAGUGGGCGGGCGAGCCAGAGCCAGAGGACGUCGCCGUCGACGUCUCCCUCCGCGGCAUGCCCACCGGCGACCUCGAGGUCAAGCAAGUCGUCUCAGGCGUCACCAGCCCCUCCCUCGACUCGCAGGGCGGCGAGCAGGGGCAGAGCAACCCCGACAGCGAUCUGCAGGUGCAGAACAGCAAACUCAACGUCUCCCUCUGCGCCAUGGCCGGCUCCCCCCAGCUCUCCGGCCACUCGCGCGUCUUCCCCUCCGUCUCCUUCCUGUCCAACAUGUCGGGACUCGGUGACAUGUUCCCCCCGUCAGCCACCGACCUCCUGGCCUCCCUCCCUGCCGCCCGGACCACCGCCAACAGCGGGCCGUUCUACAUCGACUCCACCUCACCGGACAAAGGUGGCCGCCGGGUUGUGCGUGUCAAGGACGUGGGCGGCACGCCGUCCUUCGGGAUGCCGUCGGACAUCAUGACGAGCUCGCAUCGGGUGUUUAUGUCGAGCCCUGACACGUACAAGUCGGCGUCAGGCCGGCGGACGGCCAUGAAUCCGCGGAUGAAGCUCGAGGUGCCUUCGUCCUUGAGUGGGCACCAGCAGCAGCAGCAGGUGCAGGGGAGGGUGUCUGACGGGCGGUUCAGGGUGUAUGAGAGCCUGCUGGAGGCGUUUGAGAAGCGGGGAGAUAGGGACAAGGCUCGCCAUCACACCGCCCCCGCCCCCGAGCCGUCACCCUCACCCUCACUCUCGUCAGCUGCCGAGGUCAGGAGGAGAGAGAAAGACAGACAGCGCAGUAACGAAGGGAUCAGGUCACGACUGGUGGUUGUGUUGUGUGGACGUGUGUGUGUAUGCAGGCGUUGGUGGAUCGCACCGUGGUCAAAAUAAUGGAGUCCCCCCGCACCCCACACCAGGAAGGAGAACCCUAGCGGCGAGGCGAGCCACCACCACCACCACCACCAGGCUCGCGGCCAGACUGCGUGCUUUCUGGCUGGUGCUGGUACAUAUCUCUUGGUGGUCUGCCUGGUCUGUCUAUCUGUGCCGCCUUGCCUUGGUCCUUAUCGGUCUGUGUGCUCUUGUCUGCCUUUAUCACCUCUCGUCGUGUGUGAUGCCGUGCCGUGCCGUGUCGUGUCCAGCUGGCUCUGUGCUGUCUUGAUCCAAAUGGCUGGCUGGCUGGCUGGCCGCCUCGGUCGGGGAGUCCGGGUGAUUUGUUUUGAUAAAGGGGGUGGGGGGUGGGAGGUGGGCCGGUGGCGGCGAUGGGUGGCUGGUUUCGGAUGGCUUGACUGACUGACUGGCAGCGCAGCGUGAUGUGAUGGAUGGGAUGCUUUAUGACUGACCAUUUUUUGCUGUCAAUGUGCGACCGACAGCCGAGCCGGCUCUGACUGACUCACUCACUGACGCACUGACGUGCCCUUGUCUGUCUGUCUGUCUGUCUGUCUUGUCUGUACCAUAUCACCGUCACCAUCGUCCGUCCAUCAGAAUGAGUUGAAUGAGAUGAAUGGAUGAGAGCAGGCCAGGUCUGCUCGCUUUUCAUGACUUUCAAUCAACGGCCGGCAUGCAACCACUGCCUGCGAACCUGGGCGUGGGUGUCGGUGUGGGUGUGUCUGUGUUUCCCCUACCUACCACCCUUUUUUAAUAGAUCGAUCCAUGCGUGAGCAAAGAAAGGGGCUGGGCUGGCGAUGGAUGAUAUCAGACCACAUUCUUGUCUGCGAAUCGACCGUCGGCAGCCGUCAGUGGCCUGUUUCCAAGUGCGACAGCAAUCUCUGUCUCUGUCCGCCGGUUUGCGGGGAGAGGUGGCGGUUGCCUUCGCCGUGUGGAAGCAGCCACCGAUGUUGGGUGGGUGGAUGGAUGGAUGGAUGGACGAAGUAGUGGGUGGAAGACAGGAACCUAGUGGUCUCUGCUGGUGGAGUCAGUCGGGCGUGUACUCCCUCCUGUAUUUUUUGCCCCCAUCCGUGCACGAGAUGGAUGAGGAUUCAUUCGUAUGGAUGAUUGGAUGGUGGAUAAGUGUGUGUGAGCUUUGGAUGGAGUCGAUCUGUCUGUUGGAUGUCGGAUGGAUGGAUGGAUGUGCCUUAAGCCUCUUCUCAGUUCUCGAGGAGGUAAUUGUUUAGUGCCUGGCUGUCUACCUUCCUGGCUGGCUGACUGCCUGCCUGCCUGCCUGCCUGCCGAGAAUGCAGCAAUGGAGUGUUUAAGUGCACACAUCAACACGGGCAGGCGGCACAGCGGGCUUCACUCACUCAGGCAGUCUGUCUGUCUGUCUCUGCGUGUGUGUAUGGGCGGUGGGGUUGUGUCGUGUCGUGUUGUGUGGCGUGGCGCGGCGUGAUGUUUUUUUAUCCAGUGAUACAUGUGUGUGAGUGCGUGUGCGUGUGGCCCUUGCUGAAUAGGCGUUGCGUCGCAUGGACACCUUUCUUUCUCUCCAACUCGUUGGUGGUCGGUGUGUAUGUGUGUGUGUAUGUGUGUAUGUGUGGAUGUUGGGCAGGGGUGUCUGUCUGUCUGGCUGCGUUGGUGACUCAGCGUCGUGUGCUGAUUGAGUCAAUGCAUUGCAGCCCC